GCACUCUCGAAAGUCCACCCAAAAGCCCAAUCGAAUAGCCCAAUUCCUGGCUGGUUGCCUCUGACGGGGAACGGGGAAGUGAGGAAAGAAUACUGUCAGCGACCCUGCCUGCCUGGUUAGACAGCGAGCGCUGUCGUCUCAUCGUUUUCACUCUUUCGCCAUUUUCGACCCCGAUCCAUCUCUAAAUUAAACUGUUGCAGAGGCCGGAGCUCCCCGUCCGUCGGCUGGAAAUUCGCCUCCGGCAAAUCUUCGAUCAAGCUCUUCCAACCUCGCCUUGCUGCCUUCCGUACCAAAGAAGCGAAGAGGAGAGAGAGCAACGGAGGAGCGAUGUUGCCUACCUCGUCCAAGGCCAGGGCUUCGUCCUCCGCAUCUAGAGCUCAAUCCAUGUUCCCGCAGUACCUUCGUCGAAUUAUCAAGUGGCAACAAAUGGACAUUGAAUACACGUUCUGGCAAAUGCUUCACCUAUGCACCUCUCCGAAAGUUGUCUAUCAGCACACGAAGUACCAUAAACAAACUAAGAAUCAAUGGGCGCGUGACGAUCCUGCUUUUGUUGUAAUCUGCAGUCUCCUUCUGGCCGUUGCUACUUUGGCUUAUUGUGCCGCGUAUGAUCACAGUCCGUCUCAUGCUAUUUUAGUAGUUCUAUCAGUAUUGCUUUUCCAUUUCUUGAUUGCGGGCGUGCUUCUGGCUACUUCUUGUUGGUUCUUGACUAACUCAUACCUUCGCGAGGAGGCUCCAAAUAGUCACGUUGUCGAGCAACGGGUAGAAUGGUUGUAUGCAUUCGAUGUGCACUGCAAUUCUUUCUUCCCUAUGUUUGUUAUGCUCUAUGUUAUACAUUAUUUUAUGUCACCUCUGUUGGUGGCCCAUGGUUUCAUACCGGUUCUACUAUCAAACCUGCUUUUCAUGGUGGCAGCCUCGUAUUACCAUUACCUCAACUUUCUAGGUUACGACGUGCUACCAUUCCUCGAGAGAACGACCUUUUUCUUGUAUCCAAUCGGCGUCGUCAUCGUCCUCUCUCCCAUUUUGAUUCUAAGUGGAUUCAGUCCUUCAAGAUACUUCAUGAACAUUUACUUCAGUCAGAGGCUAUGAUAUACACAAAGCAGCUAACAAGAUUUUCGAGGCAUUCCGUUAGGUGCGCGCGAUUGCAUGGAAGUUACGGGGGGAAGGUAUGAUUCUUUUCUGUGUAAAUGUGAAAACUGAAGGCAAGGCCCCCUGAAUUAGAAAAGAUCGUUAUAGUGACUCUUCUAAGCGGGGAGUUUAAAUGAAGCACAAAACGGGGUGGCCUGAACUCGUAAGCCGAGUUUUCGUUCCCGUCAAGGAAUUUUACGGUUAGUCUGAUAUAUGGUCAUAUGUAGAUCUAUGCUGUAAUCCUCAAGAUUAUUGGUCAAAUUUGGUGGGUUGUUGUUAGCAUGGAUAUUCCUUCCUUCCAUCUGAACUUUGGUUCUUGGAAGUGGAAGUUUUGCGAUCAUGUUGCCCGUUCACUUACGCCCUCUCUCCGUGCUCACUAUUUGAAGUCAAUGUGCAGAGUGUUGUGGGUCUUUCCAUUUCGCCUUGUUUGUUUCCCUGUGGCGGGCUUAGUUUGUCUGUAACUGUAAGUGAACACGCCUGUCUAGCCUAGGCUGUUUCUAUUCCCCACAUGGUGGCUAAACUAUACAAAAUAUCGUUCAAUCUUGAACAACAAUAAUGUACGGCGGUUUCGAGCACCACCACGAUCCACGAG